CAUUUGCAAGCAUCACUAUGGUGGACGGGGAGCUUUGCGGUCGGGAUGGCGAUGGUGGCGAGGAGUUUAAUUCUUCUCAGACGCUUCUCGUGGCGUUGGAUCAAUUUGGAGGAGAGGAAGAAGAGGAGGAGGAAGAGGUGGUGGAUUUGAGGCUCUUGUACGCGGCUCAGUUCUUGGGGCGAUGGGGAGCCGGAAUGUGGGAUUUCCUGGUCGCUCUGCUGCUCAUGAGAGUGGGAUCCAAUUCUCUGCUCCUCACCGCGGCGUAUGGCCUCGUCCAGGCCGCCGCAACGUCGGCAUUCGGCGCUGCCAUUGGAAGCGCAGUCGACAAAAUCAGCCACAUCAAGGCGAGCAAAGCCAAACGCUUGCGAUCGUUCUUUCCUCUAAUUCUGUGUGACCAUGCGCAGCUUCUCCGGCUUGGAAUCGGGACACGAAACGUGUCCAUCGCCUUGUCCGCCACUGCCCUUUCGCCGCUGCUCAUCCCGGGAUCAAUCCCGCCAUUGGGCAGGAAACUCGCGAUCGCAAGUGUCCAUUCCCUGGGCGCCGUGGGGAUUCUCAGCGGGCUGGCGGUGGGAAUCCUGCUCGAGCGGGACUGGUCGGAGUCCUCUGUUUUUAGGGAUUUGGGAUUUCUUUUAACGGUCUCUUGA